CGUGCUAGGCGGCACGCGGGCCGGUGCCGCUCCCCCAGUGCCGGGCCCAUGGGUCCGGCCCUCGCGCGGCGGCCGGUGCAGCGCGAGCGGCCGGUGCGUCCGUUGCCGGGGAGCGCCAUGGAGGGACAGCGGCUGCCCGGCGCCGUCAACCCCAACCACUUCCCGGGCAAGCUGUGGCUGCUGGUGAACAGCCCGCGCUGCGGCUCCGUGCGCUGGGAUGCCCGCGGCGAGGGGCUGCUCAUCGACCAGCGGCUCUUCGAGCGGGAGCUGCUGGGCGCGGGGCCGGCCGGCGACGGGGCGGCGGUGUCCGCCGCCUUCUUCAAGACCAGGAACUUCCCCAGCUUCAUCCGGCAGCUCAACCUGUACGGCUUCCGCAAGCUGGGGCCGGGGCCGGCGGGCGGCGCGGCCGGGCGCGGCUCUCUGCAGGGCCUGGCGGGGGGCGACGGCGGCAGCUCCGCCGGGCCCCUGCUCCACUUCCAGAGCCCCCAUUUCCGCCGCGACCGCCCCGAGCUCCUCGUCCGCCUGAAGCGCCUGACGAGCGCCAACAAGGCGAAGCUGGCGGCCGGCCUGGAGGUGCCCAGCCGCCCGCCCCAGCGCUCCCGGCGGUUGCUCGGCACGGCGCUGCACAGGGACCCGCUGCUGCCGCCCUCGAUGCUCGGCGAGGCUGCCAGGCCCGGACUGGUGACUGUAGGACAGGUUCAUCAACCUGCUCGUCCAGACAGCUUCUUUCCUUACUCCAACAGAGCGGCCUCAUGCCAGAACCCCACUGCUUUCCCAACAAAGACUUUCCAGCAGACUCCAGUCCCUUCCAGAACAUGGCAGGGUUCUUUUGGGUUGCUGCCAGGGCACGGGGCUUCCCUAGCUUUCCCAGGCCAAGGGGCUCCCUUUCCCAUCCUCCACAAGUGUUCCACAGAGGUCACAUACACUCUCCAGACCGUGUUCUCCCUUCUGCCGCUUCAGCGAGGGGCUCCAACUGGUGCCGCUUCCCUUCCACAACACGGCAGCUGCGUGUCUCCAGGGCAGUGCUCGCGAGCCCCCGAUCCAACACCCACGCUGCAGUGUUGUUCACCCCCUGCCCAGGGAGAGCCUCUGACUGCCAGCGUCAGCGCUGCGGCUCCGGCGUACACCGACUGCGGCUUUGUGCAGAGUCCUGCAGUGCAGCCACCUUCUGCAGCUGAAUGCCUGCCCUCUGAUGGUGCACAUCAUGCAUCUGAUGAAGAGAAGAAGAUGGAGGAAUUAAGUUUUGAAGACGUGUUUCAGUUUUUGAAUGAGAUGUGUGCAUCAUCCAGCACUGAUAUAGUGACACUGGAACCUGUGGAGAGCGAGAUGUCAACCCCUCAGUCUAACAGAAGUCACCCACUGCUGGUUGAUAGUGGGAACAGUGACACACCUUCUGCUGUUGAGGAGAGUCAGCUGGCACCUCUGACUCCUGCAGCUGCAGACACAUCAUUUCUGAUGGAAGCAGCUCAAGCAUUAACUUCUGCAGAAGUCUGUGAUGGAGAACUUUUUGUAAGCUACACCAAUGUGUCCAUAGAAAGUGCUGCUGCUGCUGCUGAAAUGGUGCAAGACUCUGUGACCACACAAGAAGCCCCUGAAGGACAGAGAGAACAACUGGAUCACUGCCCAGCUCAACUCCCUGAAAUGUUUGUUCUGGAAGGACUGUUUAGUGCAGAGCAGGAGAAUACUAGUGUUCAAUGUGAAUCAGUGACAGAAGAGAGACAAUUGACUUCAGGAAGCGAGGCAGUGACCAAACCUGUAGAAGAGCCAGGGUCACCUCUAAAACCUCAGUGCAGGAAAAGAAGACACAGCUCCCACGAGGAUCCCCAGGAGCUGGGAGGUGGAGCCUGCAAGCGGGGCUGCUUCACGGAGGAAGACACCAGAGCGAGGAGUGUGUGAACAUGUGGAGCAGCUGCCGGCUGGUUCCCUCCCGAGAGUCCGGCAGCAGCGCUCAGCACACAACUGGCGCCUGGGUUCAGGGUCACACCUCUUCUGUCACAUUUCCUAACUUUGAAGUUAUUUAUAGCAUUAUUUAUAAAUGUAUAUGUUAUUUAUAGCUUUAUUUAUAACUUUAUGUUAUUUAUAACUUUAUAGUUAUUUAUAUUUAUAGUAAAUAAAGAUAAUAAAGAAUAAAUUAAAAAAUUUAGAAAGUUUUUUAGAAAUUUUUUAUUUUUGUAAGAAAUAAAAAAUAAAGAUAAUAAAUCCUAAGGUUUAAA